GACCUAUAAUGUUUAUUAUAAUUCCAGCAAUACGCCAACUUGAUGGUGCACAUGAGAACUCACACGCGCGAGCGGCCCUACGAGUGUCCGCACUGCGACCGCCGCUUCUCCAUGCCCAGUAACCGCGACCGGCACAUUGUUGUGCACACGGGCGAGAAGCGCUACCAGUGCCAGCACUGCCACCGGCGCUUCACGCAGAGCAGCGCCGUCAAGCUGCACAUCCAGACCGUGCACCUCAAGAUACCCUACGCGCCCUGGGACAAGAAGAACCGCAAGCGACGGAAGGAACUAGAAGGCACGUCAGCACCUGUUAGCACGGUAGACCCAGUAAGCGCGCCUUUCCCCACCAACCCACACAAACUGAUCCUGGAGACGCAGAGCGACUAUCUCAACGCGUACAUCACUUAUAACGACGAGUAGUGUGAGUGGGAACGAUAGUAAUAAAUUUAAGAGUGAUUUCGCACUACAUCCGAUCCGAAUCCAUACACCGGACCGUAUUUCCACGGAUUCGAAUCGAACCUAGUGCGAACUUAACUCCUUGUGUCGUAAUAUCGGAUAAAAGUUAUGAUUGUAAAGCUGCGCUA